UCAAUCUUUAGUGAAAGAAUCAAGCAAUAGACCAUUGCCCAAAUGCAUAUUUAAACCCUUCACACCCAGCUGUCACAUGGAAGCCAAAGCACUUAAACUUAUCGUAAGUUGUAGCACAAAAAGCAUGGCCACCACCACCAGCCAAACUACAGCACCCAGCAACAGCACCACCGCUGCUGCCGCCAUUUGCUUCUCCAAGUAUCUUCAUUCGCUGUCCCAAACACCCCACAGACUUAGGAGGAGAAUGCUUGCCACAUGGACCCCUGACGAAGAGCUGAACCAAGUGAGGCAAAGGUCAGGGGCAGACAUGAAAAGGAAACUCAACUGGUAUGAUUUGAUGGCCCUCGGCGUUGGAGGAAUGCUUGGUGUUGGAGUCUUUGUCACAACUGGACCUGUCGCCCACCAGACGGCUGGCCCUUCCGUUUUCAUUUCCUAUAUCGUAGCUGGAAUGUCAGCCCUCCUUUCUUCCUUGUGUUACGCUGAAUUCUCUGUCCAAAUCCCAGUUGCAGGUGGUGCCUUUAGUUAUCUCCGAUUGACCUUUGGAGAAUUCGUGGGUUACUUUGCUGGGGCUAAUAUACUUAUGGAGUACGUAUUAUCAAACGCCGCUGUUGCCAGAAGUUUUACUGAGUAUUUAUCCUCUACAUUUGGAGAAAAUGAUCCAAGGACAUGGAGAGUAGAAGUGAAUGGUUUGGUAAAGGGAUAUGAUAUGUUGGACUUCCCAGCUGUUGCUGUUGUUCUUAUUCUCACUCUCUGCCUUUGCCAUAGCACAAAGGAAAGCUCCCUGUUGAACUUAAUUAUGACAGUCUUCCAUGUGGUUUUCUUUGGAUUUAUUAUAAUUGCUGGUUUCUGCAAUGGGACUACCAAAAACUUGAUGAAGCCAAAAGGAAUUGCUCCUUAUGGUGUUAGAGGUGUUCUUGAUGGGGCAGCUAGGGUUUACUUCAGCUAUAUCGGCUAUGACUCGGCUUCAACCAUGGCGGAAGAGAUCCAAAACCCUUUGACGAGCUUGCCAAUUGGAAUCGUUGGUUCCGUUGUCAUCACCUCUGUGCUUUAUUGCCUCAUGGCCUUGUCCUUGUGUUUGAUGGUUCCUUACAACAAGAUAACAGAAAAAGUGGCAUUUUCGACGGCAUUCCAAGAAAUUGGUUGGGGAUGGGCAAGCAAUGUGGUAGGGGCUGGUGCAAGCUUGGGGAUUGUCGCUUCACUUUUGGUAGCAAUGUUAGGCCAAGCAAGAUACCUUUGUGUCAUUGGAAGGGCCCGGCUGGUGCCCUCAUGGUUAGCCAAGGUCCAUCCUUCAACUGGCACUCCAUUGAAUGCCACCCUUUUCUUGGGACUUUGCACAGCAUCAAUUGCGCUCUUCACCGACCUCGAAAUAGUAAUAGAAAUGAUCUCUAUCGGUACGCUCUUGGUGUUCUACCUUGUGGCGAAUGCUCUCAUUUACCGGCGAUAUGUGAUCAUUAGCAACAACCCUCCAUUUCAAACUCUUUUGUUCCUCUUCCUCCUCUCAUCAAGUGCUAUUGGCUUUUCCAUGUCAUGGAAGUUUCAGCAACAAUGGUGGGGACUACCACUUUUCGGGGUGUCUACAGUCACCAUCAUUGCCUUCUUCAACUACGCCGUUCCUUGCGUUCGCCAUCAGAUAGGGUGGUCGAUGCCAUUCAUGCCAUGGCCUGCUGCACUGUCCAUCUGCCUUAAUGUGUUCCUCAUGACGACACUGAAGAAGUUCUCGUUCGAAAGGUUUGCAAUAUGGACAUGUUUCAUAACGCUGUUCUAUUUGUUGUAUGGUGUUCACUCAACCUAUCAGGCAGAGGAGAUGGGGAGUGGUGAGGAUGAAGUGAAUCCAAGCUCGGCUGUGCAACAAACUAAGCUAGACAAUAUGCAAGUACUUUGACUAAAUUAUGUAAUAUCUUCUUUCUUCUUUAUUUCUAUUUUUUGCUUCCUAUAGCAGUUUUUGUGGUAUUUAAGUUUGGGUUUAGGAGUUCCAAUCAAGCAAAAAGGAAUUCCAAUGAAGCAAAAUAGCAAAGUUAAUUCUGUAUGAAAUUACCGUAUUAAAACAAAGAGUAAUGGAAAACCAAAGUGCUGUCUAUGUGUGUUGAGGGAUUCUCGGACAGAAGCUUCCGUGACACGUCAUUCGCCUGCAACUGGUUCCCACACCAGCCUGUUUUGGAGGAGUCGAAUGAAGGUGGGAUCACCUUAUGUGUGUGUCUUAAGCGGAUUAUGACAUACAUGGGAAGCCCCUACCCAAGAAUUUUUUUUUUUUUUCAAAGCAAGGAUAUGAUGUACCUUUUUUUUUUUUUCUGCGGUUUUCCAUAUUUGCUUCAUCUGUAACUAUCAUCACAGAAACUCUUAAUGGGAGCGGAAAAAAGAUGAUUGGGAUCACUCAGCAGGUAAAUGGUGGACACUAAACUAAAACAAUAUCAUGGUCCAAGGAUAAGAAAGGGGGGGAUUAUGAACC